UUAGAUUAUUGCAUAGUGGAAGCCUUUGUACUUUGAUGUCUGGUGUGUUUCCUUUGUAGAACAUACUUCAUUGUCUCUUUAACUCGUAGCAUUCUUGUGUUCUUUGUAGUGAAUGUGUUUAUACGUAAAUGUUGUGCGUAGCAUCACUGUCAUAAUUUCCUCUUCUCCGCUUCUAAUGUAAACAAAAGCAAGAUGCUGAUACAUCGCGUAAAUAAUAUAUUUUCCAAGUGUUCUUUGUAUAAUAUAUUAUUAUAGUUACGUGAUAACUUUUGGAUGUUCGUAUGAUAGAAGUCGUUGAUACGCAUAAAGGUAUUUUAAUAACGAUGGACUGCAGGUUAAAAACCAAGUGACUUUUAUAUAAACAUAUAUACAGAAAUAUACACGCUUCAACAUGUGGAAACCAUUUGAAGCUGGUAGUUCACCGGUUGACUGGUGCGAACGUAAUUACAGUAUUUCUUCUAGCAUCGCAGAAUUCAUGAAUACGCUGAGCAACGUGGUAUUUCUAUUGCUCCCCCCUGUCCUUAUGCAUCUUUUCAAAGAUUACGGGCGAUUUGUAAAUCCUGGAAUUCAUGUAAUUUGGUUCUUAUUAAUGAUAGUAGGUCUUAGCAGCGCAUACUUUCAUGCUACCUUGUCUCUUAUCGGACAGUUAUUAGACGAAUUAGCAAUUUUAUGGGUAUACAUGGCUGGAUUCUGUAUGUUCUUUCCAAGAAGGUACUUUCCAAACAUUUUACAAAAUAACAGAAAACUGCUUUCCUUAUGUGCGAUGUUACCGACUCUUAUCGCAACCGGUUUGUCGUUUAUACAUCCUGCGAUAAAUGCAUUUGCAUUAAUGAGUCUUUGCAUACCAGCAUUUGGAUUUAUGAUAAUCGAAUUGAAAAGGACAAAGUCCAUGAGAGUUUAUAGAUUGGGUUUACGGUGCGGUGCUGUUUGGUUACUAGCUGUUACGUGCUGGUUAAACGAUCGUUUAUUUUGCGAUACUUGGCUGAAUCUGAAUUUCCCUUAUCUACAUGCACUCUGGCAUUUGUUUAUAUUCAUUGCAAGCUACACAGCGGCUGUACUAUUUGCAUAUUUUUCUGUAAAGGAUGAAAAACCGCAGCAAUCACCGGUACUAAAGUAUUGGCCGCAGGAUGACUUUGAACUUGGUAUACCAUACGUAACUAUUAGAAGUUACAUUAAACUCGAUACAAAUACAAACAUAUAACUACUAACGUAAAUAUCGAAAAGGCUGCUAUUACAAUUUUUUACUUAGCAAACAAUGUUGUUAAUUUUGAGAACAACAGAAUGAAAACAUAGGCGACAUUGAAGCGUACUAUUUAAUUCUUUUAUUUUAAAAACAUGACUGUUUCAGUAUUUUUAUAAAGAGAUGUAUAUAUAUUUUACAUUUAUCUAGUUUACAUAGAAGAUGAAUUUGUUUUUUUAAAAGACUUGAUGAGAAAUCAAAGAAAUACCCCUCGCAUAUAUUUGCGUGAAAUUUUGCAUAUUCAUAGCCUGCCCCCUAUACAUUUAGGGGAAAAUUGACGACAAAAAAACUUUAGUAAUAUGCAAAAUUUGAAGUCGAUCAGAGGAGUCUGGGGAUUUCGUCGAUUUUAAAUAAGGACCUUUGUGAUAUUACUCUAGUUAUUACUUUUUCUAUAAAUAUAUAUGAUUAAGAAAUGACACUAUCUAUAGAGGUGCAAUAUUAAAGUAUAGUAUAAAAACAUUUAUUCUCUUACCAAAUGCGAAGCAACAUGUUGCAAUGUAUAUUUGUUAUUAUCCGAAGAAAAAAUUAAAUGGAAUAUCGAAGUAAUCUUAAAGAUUGGAAAUUAUUAU